GCCAUGGAGGCCACAGCGCUCUGCAUCACACUGUGGAUGACGGUGUUUCUGCAGCUCUGUGAACAGAAAGUUGAUGCAGAUGUUUGGAUCGAACCAUCCAGACUUCAAGUCUUUGAAUACGAGCCUUUCUCUUUAAGAUGUGUGGGCUUCGAUGGUUUGACCGAUGUGAACAUUUCACGGCGGAACAAAGCAGGAAAGGAAACUUGUGACGGUUCAAAAUGGGGCUCGUUUCAUGAGUUUAAUUGCAACAUUAAAUCUCCUUAUAAAGAGGACAGUGGAGAUUACUGGUGUGAGGCUGGAGGGAAGAAAAGCAACUAUGUGAACGUCAUUAUCACCGCUGGCUCUGUGAUCCUGGAGAGUCCUGUGCUUCCUGUGAAGGAGGGAGAAUCUGUGACUCUGAGCUGCAGAAACAAGACGACCACUUCCUCCAUCCUGUCAGCUGACUUCUACAAAGAUGGCCGCCUCAUCAGGAGCAGCUCUACGGAGAACAUGAACAUCUGCAGGGUUUCUAAAUCUGAUGAAGGACUCUACAAGUGCAGCAUCCCUGAUGGUGGAGAAUCACCAGAGAGCCGACUGGCUGUCAGAGGUGGCUCUGUGAUUCUGGAGAGUCCUGUGCUUCCUGUGAUGGAGGGAGAAUCUGUGACUCUGAGCUGCAGAAAAAAGACGAUCACUUCCUCCAUCCUCUCAGCUGACUUCUAUAAAGAUGGCCGCCUCAUCAGGAACAGCUCUACAGGAAACAUCACCAUCCACAGGGUUUCUAAAUCUGAUGAAGGACUCUACAAGUGCAGCAUCUCUGAAGAUGGAGAAUCACCAGAGAGCUGGCUGGCUGUCAGAGCUGUUCCCUCCUCGGAUCACUCCCUUCUCGUCCUCCUCGUCUUAAGGACUGUGUUCACCGUAGUGAUGGUGGCUCUGCUGCUGCUGCUGGUGGGACUGCUGCAUUGUGGGAAACUCAGGGUCACACAGAAAUAACUCAUGUAAAAAGAUCAGAGAUAGUUUGGUCAUCAAGAUAAAGAACACCACAAGCCGAGGACAUGAUCACUUCUUCAGCGUUGUAUCUCUUCUUCUGCUCAGGUUGAGUGUGAGGUAACUUCUCUGUGUCUCAUGAUGGUACGAGCAGCAGCUGUUAGACUUUCUCACACUCAAGACAAAGUUAAAAACCACAGAGGUACUGACUGACACAUGCAUUUAUUUUUAAAGGCGAGCUGAGGGUUUGUUGUUCUGAGUUUUAUUUUAGACUCCACAGAUACUGGUGAUACUUUUCAGCUUCUCAGACACAACCCGCAGAACAUAUUGUAUGUAAAUGGGAGUAGAAGAGGCUUUGUAGAAACAGCAAAACGUGUAUGGUUUUAUUGGGUAACUGAAGGGGUCAACAACUCACAAAUCAAUUUACAAAUACAAAAUGGUAUUUUUAGUAUAUUGUUAAUUUAACUGACAGGACAUAUAUACAGAAACAUAUUUGGAAGUUGGUAUUUCCAAAAGAAAUAUAAAAACUGUACAUCGGCAUCUGAACUUUUCAAAUUAAAAUACCAUUUGAAAUUGUUUUUAUCUUCAUAGCAGAAAAUAUAGUGCUGUAUAAUAGUUUUAACGUAUACAAUGACAACAAUACACGAUUCAUAAGUUCUGCAAUGAUCGUAUGUACAUUUCAAAUCCAGUAAACUCAAAGCCUUUUAUUUUGUUAAUUUCCAUAUUCUCACCUUUCAUAAGAAUGUUUUGACUGAAGAAAAGUAUGUUUUUAUAACAAUAUAUUAUAAAAUAAAGAUAUGUUCACCACAUUUUAAGAAAAAUAUUUUUUGAAUGGUUGAAAUACCAGAAUAAUAAAAGUAAAAUGUUUGUUUGAGCAUCACUACUGUCAUUCUGUUCCUGAUGUAUGAUGUUUAUGAUGUGGUAACUUCUCUUAUGACUCUUUCCUGUUGCUGAUACAUCUCUUCAGACGUUGCAGAUCUUUUUCAUGAGGCGACGGACAAGAGCAUCAAAGUCGCGAAUCUACUUUUGUUGCUAUGUAGAUGAUGAGCAGGAGCUUAUUUGCAACCUUUAAUAAAACCAGUGUAAG